GGAGCCGUUGCAGGAUGAUCACUCUGCUUAUCACAGCAGCGGUGCUCUUCUUCCAUUCCCUUUGCCGCCCUGGGAGCUUGUUUCCCCUCUCCACCCCCUUUACAGGUACUCUUACUCUCAGUGAAAGCUUUCAGUCAUUCUUUCUCUGAAUAAAAAGAGGAGGGCACUACACAAACCCCCUCGGCGUGGACGGCUCUCACCAUCUCACCACAUCAUGGCUACAUCUGCUCUUCUGAUUCUGGCGGCCCUUGUUGGAUCCUGCGCUCAGUUUACAGAUGCUGUUGGCACUGAUGUUCGAAAGAAUGGACCCUCAGCAGACAAAUCAGACGAUGCAGAACGUUACAUGCCAUUCCUCUGCUCGCUGAUACCUGCCCCCUUGUCCUCGCCUCUUUCAGUGCACACCCUCAGACCGGAUGACAUCUCAGCUGUACAUGUGUUGGGAGUCCCGCCGUCACACAGGCGUGAAGCAUCCAGAGUCAUCAGUAGAGUAGCUGUGCUGCUGUCCAUGUUUAACCCUGAAGUGAGCCAUCCGCAUGUGGAUGAGACCUCACCACAGCCCAGGAGCUUGUUGGAGGAAGCGGAGGAGCUUUCUCUCUCCCUGUCACAUCAGCAGGAGACGGACUGGAAGCUCGUGCUGCUGUUGGUCCCGGCAGAUUCCAUGUGCGCCUGUUCACCAGAUGUUGCUGCAGAUGUUAAUGCUGUUGUGCGGGAGGUGGAAGCUGCUCUGGAGUUGUUGCAGAAAAGGUUGCGCCACACUUUAGUUCACGUGGCAGUCUGGAGCACAGAUCAUCAGCAGGACGAGUGUGAGUGUAUGAGAGAUGAAGGCAUCAACCGGCGACUACAUAGAGCAACUCUUCUGAAAACACUACAGGACUCUCUGAGUCAUUUGUUGGGGAAUCCAAAGUGGCACAGCAAACAGGCAGACUUCACGGCCCUGCUGCAGUCGGCUCCAGUCAUCCUUGAACAAAUCUCUGAGAACUCUUGGUCCGACCCAAACCAGUUGGCAAUUCAGCUAUGGACAAACCUGCUUCAGCCGCCGACAGGUCAGACAGAGUUCAUGGACGACAGUGUCGUUAGUAUUCUUUGCCCUUCACAGGAGAGACCUUUCCUGCGGACGCAGAUAAAUUCUCCAAAUGAAAAGGAGGAGACUGCAGCUUCCGUGGAUCCUGAUAUGGGCACUGAGAUGCCUUGCACAGACCGAAGUCCAUCUCCCACUAUACCCACUUCAGUACAUGAACUCAGACCUGGAGAUAUCAAGGUGGUGGCAGCAGUGGGCGACUCUCUGACAGCAGCCAAUGGUGUGGGCGCAAAGAAAGACAACAUUCUGUUAGUGAUUAAUGAGUACAGAGGACUGUCAUGGAGCAUUGGCGGUGAUGAAAACCUUAACAAUGUGACAACUCUGCCAAACAUCCUGAGGGAGUUCAACGCCAACCUGACCGGCUUCUCAAAGGGAAUCUGUAAAGAGGACUCUCCUCAAGCUUUCCUCAAUCAGGCCGUGGCCGGAGCGAAGAGUGGUGACAUGGUGGGACAGGUGCGCAUCCUGGUGGACAGAAUGAAAGCCGAUCCGCGCAUCGAUUUCCACAACGACUGGAAAGUGAUCACCAUGUUUAUUGGCGGCAAUGACAUUUGUGACUUCUGCACAGACAGCAUCUUUUUCUCAGCCAGGAAUGUCGUCCUUCGUAUCCAGCAAGCUCUGGACAUCCUCCAUAAUGAAGUGCCUCGUGCCAUCGUCAAUCUGAUCGAGCUGUUGAAUAUUGUGCCGCUGCGCGAUCUGCACAACGAUAAAUCUCUGGGCUGUCCCACCUGGUUUGUGAAUAUAGUCUGCCCCUGCAUACUGAAGCCUAAAGAGGGAUCCGUUGAACUCCAGAAGGUCAACGAGUUCAACAGGGCCUACCAGAGUGCCAUGAGAGAGCUGAUUGACUCUGGGCGCUACGACUCGCGCAUCAACUUCACCGUGGUGCUGCAGCCCUUCCUGAGGGAGGUUUACCUUCCCAGGUUAGAGGACGGCCGGCCCGACCGCUCGUACUUCUCACCCGACUGCUUCCAUCUCAGCCAGAAAGCUCACACCCUCAUGGCUCGAGCUCUUUGGAACAACAUGUUGGAGCCAGUGGGCAACAAGACCUUUACACAAGACUUUCAAGCUGGCAUUGAUUUGAAGUGUCCCUCUGAGACCAACCCGUUCAUCCGGACUGCUGCCAACAGCAACUACACUUUCCCAGGCCCUCCACCCACCCCUGAUCCUGUUACAAACUGGGGCAGUGACUUUUCCUGUGUUAACACAGCUCCAUCCAACUCUGUGCCUACUUCAGCUCACAGGAUACGGCCGGCAGACAUCAAAGUGGUGGCUGCUCUCGGAGACUCUCUCACGGCCGGCUUUGGUGCCAAAGCAAAGAAUCUGCUGCAGCUGAGAACUGAGAACAGAGGGGUGUCGUGGAGCAUCGGAGGAGAUCAAAACCUAGAGACUGUCACCACAUUACCAAAUAUCCUGAAGAAGUUUAAUCCUAAUAUCAAAGGAUGGUCAGAGGGAAGAGGGACAACCAAAGCUGGCUUCAACGUGGCUGUGUCAGGAGCUAAAAUAUCAGGAAUCCCGGGGCAGGUGCGACGCCUGAUUGAUAACAUGAAAAAAGACCCAACGGUGGAUUUUGAGAACGACUGGAAACUGGUGACCCUCCUCAUUGGAGGCAAUGACCUGUGUCAGUACUGCAACGACCGCGCCACGUUGUCGCCUCAGAACUACUCCCAGCAUAUGAUGACAAGCUUGGAUAUGCUUUAUAACGAGGUUCCCAGGGCCAUUGUCAACAUCCUGGAGAUCCUGGAAAUCAAAGGCCUUCGCAGGAUCAAAAGGGACAGCCUCGAGUGCAACGUGUUACAACCGCUCGUCUGCCCGUGCUUCCUGCAAGCACGAGAGGACUCUCUAGAGUUGGCCGAAAUGAAACGGAUCAAUCGGGAGCUACAGGUUGAGACAGAAAAUGUGGCGUACGGAGGCCGCUACGAUGGCCGAGAGGACUUUGCUGUGGUCGUGCAGCCCUUUUUUCAGAACACCGUUGUUCCUUUGAACGCUGACAGCAAGCCUGACGACACUUACUUCUCCGUGGACUGUUUCCACUUCAGUGAGCAGGGACACGCUGAAAUGGCUGCAGCUCUGUGGAAUAACAUGUUGGAGCCGGUGGGUCAAAAACAGACAUACAACAAUUUCAGAAAUACCAGAAAUAACAUCAAGUGCCCCACUGAGGAGAAUCCUUACAUCUUCACAAAGGUGAACAGCUUCCCUGUGCCAACCACCCCCACCACCCCCACCACCACAGCACCCACACCGCACACCACAGCCCGGCCUCUCACCUCUGAUUGCGCAGACACCGUGCCGGUCUGGCUCGCCGCUGUGCUGGCCGUAGUGGGUCUUCUGAUAGGCUGCGUCGUCACCUGGCUCCUCUUCUGCUGGAGAUCCAAGAGGAGCAAAAAGCGGAUGACAUCGGAUGUGGUGGAGAUGCAGGUCACUGACUUUUAAAGUGCCACUUACUGUAUUUUUUUGCACUGGACUAUUCAAGGAAAAAUCUACAGCAACUUCAAAAUAACAGCGUGAUAUUUGACGUGAUUGUAUAAAGCAUGUUGUUGGUUUUGACGAUCAAGAAGAUUUCCAUCAUUAGACAUGACAAGAUCUGCUUCGACGAGACUUUACUCAAGGAAGGCAAUAAAGGAGACACCUGAAUCCAUUAUAACUCCUGCAUUCAAACUUAGUGAAUGCAAGUUUACUGAGAUGAAAGAAUUGGAAAAAAAAUCUCAGGCAUAUUUAAAUAUUGUAGCUGGCUCAACAACUGACUUAAUGAGGCAAUACACUCACCAACCACAACAAUUCAAACAGUCGAUUUCAUGUGCAAAUUGAGACUGAAAUAACUCACUGAAUGUUAACUUAUUACAGCUGUUAUAUAUUUAAUUUGAUCAGAAUGAAAAUGUAUUGAAUUCAGCACCUUUUCUGUGUAAAAUACACAAUUCUUACCUCAAUGUAGCUAAAGACAGUUGUAAAUAGAAAUCUAACAUUGUGUGGUUAUUUUGUGCAAUGGUAAAUACAUAUAAGUACACAUUCUCUAUGUUCUUUUUUUGUCUGUUUGGAUGUAAUAACAUGUUUUUUGGUCAUUUGGAAUAAAUGAUUUGCAAUCAA